ACACACACACACACACACAUAUAGCUAGAUCCAUGCGCGCUGGCCGCCCUCCCCCUACCUUCGCCCGCCCGGGCUCUUAAAGGGACCAGUUGGGCGCAACUUUCGCUCCUUCCCCGAGCGGGAGGCGGAGCCGGGGGUCGAGGAGCCGCCGCCGUCGUCCACCCCGUUCCGUCCACCCCGUCCCGUCCCCGGCAUGGAGUGGCCCCUGAACGUGAGCUGCUGCUCCCCGGGCUCCCCUCCGGGCCCCAACCGGAGCCGGGGUCCCGAGGAGCGGCGUCCGGGCGGCGGCGGCGGCGGCGGCGGGGGGACGACGACCCCGGCCCCGUCCGUCUUCGGGAUGCUGGCCCUGGCCCUGCUGGCCCUGCUGGCGCUGGCCACCUUCCUGGGGAACGUGCUGGUGCUGGCCACCAUCCUGCGGGUGCGCGCCUUCCACCGGGUGCCCCACAACCUGGUGGCCUCCAUGGCCAGCUCGGACGUGCUGGUGGCGGCCCUGGUGAUGCCCCUGAGCCUGGUGCACGAGCUGUCCGGGCGGCGCUGGCGGCUGGGCCGGCGGCUGUGCCAGCUGUGGGUGGCCUGCGACGUGCUGUGCUGCACGGCCAGCAUCUGGAGCGUGACGGCCAUCGCCCUGGACCGCUACUGGUCCAUCAGCCGCCACCUGGACUACACGCUCCGCGCCCGCAGGCGCGUCUCCAACGUCAUGAUCGCCCUCACCUGGGCGCUGUCGGCCGUCAUCUCCCUGGCCCCGCUGCUCUUCGGCUGGGGCGAGACCUACUCGGAGGGCGCCGAGGCCUGCCAGGUCAGCCGGGAGCCCUCCUACACCGUCUUCUCCACCUUCGGAGCCUUCUACCUCCCCCUCGCCGUCGUCCUCUUCGUCUACUGGAAGAUCUACAAGGCCGCCAAGUUCCGCAUCGGCUCCAGAAAGACCAACAGCAUCACCCCCAUGCCCGAGGACGAGGAGGUGAAGGAGGCCACGCAGCAGCCCCAGAUGGUGUUCACGGUCCGUCACGCCACAGUCACCUUCCAGACUGACGGGGACACCUGGAGGGAGCAGAAAGAGAAGAAGGCAGCCCUCAUGGUGGGCAUCCUCAUCGGGGUCUUCGUGCUCUGCUGGAUCCCUUUCUUCCUCACUGAGCUCAUCAGCCCCCUCUGUGCCUGUGACAUCCCCCCCAUAUGGAAGAGCAUCUUUUUGUGGCUGGGCUACUCCAAUUCCUUUUUCAACCCCCUCAUCUACACGGCUUUCAACAAGAACUACAACAGCGCCUUCAAGAACCUCUUCUCUAGGCAACACUGAGCACCUUGUGGGUGUGUGGGGGGAGAGAUUCCCCCCUCAUGCUCAUUCCCCCCUCCUCCCAAAAUGUCAAAUUAUCCCCUCCUUCUCCCUCGUCCAAUAGUCACAGACUUCAACUUUCCCAGAGGACCGGGGAAAUUCCAGGUUCCCAUGAGCCUAUCCCUAUCUUAUCAGAAGUUCUGACCGUACCUGGAGUUUACUGAUGACAAUGGAAAUCUAGAAACUCAUCCAGGCAGACCCUAGAGGUCAUUUGAGACUCCGUGACCUCUCCCCUGUCUUCGACAUGGUAGCCACAGCCUCCUCCCGUCCAGCGUCCCCUAUUUCUCCUGACCCACCUGAGGCUAGUUGACUCCCAGUUUCUCCCGGAGACACUGCAGGGGUCUCUCGGGAGAGAUUUGGAGAUGUGGGCCAGAGUCGACCCUGCUAAUCAGAGGUUCUCCUCUGCCCCCAAACUAGCUCUUCUCUUUUUUUCCCCUUUCUGGCUCCAUCUGCAGAUUUCUACCUUGAAGGAAAAGCCUUGAGGGUAAAGCUAUUGAUGUCUCUUAAGACUCCACAGCACUGAAGCAUGGAGAUGCCUGCCUGAAUCCUACUAGCCCACACUCACUCAGGGGCAGAGCUGCAUUUCCAAGCAGAGUGAGUGAGAAGCUCCCCAGGCCCUUGGGAAAUUGCAAAUCGUGACUAUUUACUCUGCUUCUUCUUUUGAGAAUUGGCUUGGUUUGUAGAGACAAACAAAAUGUCACCCUCAUGUUGUAGGAAUUCACCAUUCUGCUUUUGUGGGUGAAGCAGUUUGCCAGAAGAGACCUCAAGAAAUGUGUUGAUUUUUCUAUUGUUGCUGCUGUAAGUUUAAGGAUCCCAGGGGCUCAUUCUAGAUCCACAAUCUUUGGUUUGGUUGGGUGUCGUGUUUAAUAAGUGCCAUGAAAGGAUGGUUAUUCCUGAAAGCUGGAGCAAGGUGGGACAGUUGGUAUAUCACCAGAAGGUCAGCGAGUCCCAAAGCAAAAAGGACAUGACCUUACCCAGCUGCCAAAGGCUCAUGGGACACUUAUCCCGAGAGAAUUGUUCAGCUUUACCCCGAUCUGGAAAGUUACUUGUUGAGGCUGGGGUGUGCAGCUUCAUUUAGAAUAAAACACAUGAUGUUAAGUGCUCCCAGCCACCCAGAGAGUCCAAUAAAUCCACACCCAGACA